UCUUAUCUUUCUACUUUUUUCUUCUUCCUCUUCUCAGCUAAAAAACUUUCAGCAAUCCAUUUUUUUUUUCGUUAAUUGUGUUUUGCUUUAACAAGAAGCAAGACUAAGCCCUUCUCCAUCUAGAAUCUUGUCCGUUAGAUUCACCCAUGGAAUCUCCAGCGACCAAAUACUCCACAGCGAGGUCCGUUGAGCUACCGCCUCGCCGCGGAAAGGUGAAGCGAGAGAUCUUUGGUUUCUUGGCAAGUUCCAUCGCUUCCGCUGCGGUCAAAGCCGGUGGAACGUUUGGGAGGAGCUCUCGAGGUGGUGGUGGUGGCUCUUCUUCAUCCACCACUACUCCUCCGGGAAGUGGAUACACCUCUGACCAGAACAACGAAUCCACUUAAAAGCAACAAACAUAUAUAAAGAUUAAAGACAUAAUUAAGAAAGUGCCACCACCAUGGCACCCUAAGAGGAAGCUGAGUGGUUCUGUUCGUUUUUGAAAACAGAACGCUACUUUUUUUCCUCCAGGUCCGGUUCGGUUUUAUGGUGGUUUGUUUUAUUUUGUGUGGUACGACCUGGUUUAACUUCGUUUUCUUGGUGGGUUAAACUGGGGAAUACGUAAUGGUUUGAUUAAUUUGCUUUUGAUUUGUUGUUGUAAACAAAAAUAUCUCCCUAAUCUGUUGUUUCUACGUGUUUUUAAAGUGGAGUAAUGAUGUCUUCUGGGGGCUAUUUUAGUUUGGGUUUGGGUUUAAUUAUGUGAUUUGUAUGGUUUUAAAGUGUUUGUGUUGUAUCUCAAUUGGAAUGUAUAAUUAAGUGUGUGUGUGUGUUUAUUAGUUGUGUGUAUAAUUAUGUGAUUUGUAUGCUUUUCUCUUCAUUACUU